AGAGCAGGAGGGUAUUUAGGAUAUUAUGUCAAACAAUAAGGCGGAUGGAGGAUUCGCGACGGCAUCACAUGACCUUCUCAGAACAAUUCAAAACGGGUUUCGAAGUGUUUUAUACAGGUUCACCGGAAUCGGCAACCCACCAUACCAGGAACAAACUUUGGACAGAAACUCAACUUUAAACGAAAUUUCACGCAACUCCCAAGAGCAUGGAGAAGACCAUUUCGAAGAGGACGUCCCACAAACUAACAACAAGUGGAUGUGGUAUGCAAUGUGUCUUUGGUUACCCAAACGUUACAUGAUGGCUUUCUUAAGUGGGUUUGGUUUUUGCAUCACUUUUGGCAUGCGAUGCAAUCUGGGCGUGGCAAUGGUCGAAAUGGCGAACAAUUACACAGAAACGUUGGAAAAUGGAACGAAAGUUAUUAUGCCACCCGACUUGUCAUGGUCCUCAGAAAAACAAGGUUUUAUUCACGGCUCGUUCUUCUGGGGUUAUAUUAUAACUCAAGUCCCAGGCGGAUACCUGGCUUCCCGCCUCAGGGCGAACAGAGUAUUUGGUGUUGCGAUCCUCUGUACCUGCUUACUCAACAUGUUCCUGCCAGCAGCUGCCAAAGCUCAUUGGGUCGUCUUUGUCAUCGUACGUGUUAUGCAAGGACUAGCUGAGGGUGUUUUGUACCCGUCGUGUCACGGGAUUUGGAGCAAAUGGGCGCCCCCGUUAGAAAGGAGCAGACUAGCAACCAUCUCGUUUUCGGGCAGCUACGCUGGUGCUGUGAUCGGAAUGCCAAUUGGAGGAAUGUUGGUCGAAUACGCGGGGUGGCCUUCUGUAUUUUAUGUUUUCGGCAGUUGUGGUAUUGCAUGGUUCUUCUUAUGGACAUUCACUUCAUACGACUCUCCUGCAUCUCACCCACAUAUAAGAAGAAGUGAACGCAUUUACAUCGAAGAAAGUAUCGGCAAGUCUGACUGUGCAACUAUACCAAUGGUGAGAACAUUAUUUAACACAUUAGGAACACCUUGGAAGAAAUUUUUGACCUCCCUUCCAGUAUGGGCGAUUAUCGUUGCCAACUUCUGCAGAAGCUGGACCUUCUAUCUUCUUAUUAUCAGCCAACCCGCUUAUUUUGAGCAAGUCCUAAAAUAUGACAUUUCACAGCUUGGAUUCCUUGCAGCCGUUCCUCACUUGGUGAUGACGAUCAUAGUUCCGUUUGGUGGCGUGCUUGCUGACUUUCUGCGAAAAAAAGAGAUUUUGUCAACGACUAAUGUUAGAAAAGUGAUGAACUGUGGGGGGUUCGGGAUGGAGGCGUUGUUUCUUCUUAUCCUCGCUUGCAGUCAUGGGCAUACUGCUUCUGUAGUGUGCCUGGUGUUCGCCGUCGGUUUCAGUGGAUUCGCCAUUUCAGGCUUCAACGUGAACCACCUAGAUAUUGCUCCGAGAUACGCGAGUAUAUUAAUGGGUCUUUCCAAUGGUGCAGGGACACUGUCAGGGAUGAUAUGUCCUCUCCUGGUCAGCUACAUUACACGGACAAAGACGGAGGAAGAUUGGAAAGUGGUGUUUGUGAUCGCAUCAUGUAUUCACUUUAGUGGAGUCAUAUUUUACGCUUUCUUUGCAUCUGGUGAGAGGCAACCAUGGGCUGACCCACCCCAGGAAGAAGUUGGUAUUUUAGACGGGGAAAACUUCGCCGCUUCCCCGUCAAUGACCUCGUUUCGUCGUCGAUCCGGAAUGUCUCGCGGAUCUUCCUCCUCGGAUUCGAUGUUCGGCGAGGGUCCGGAUGACUUGUAUGUAAAGAAACUUACGAACGGUGUCUACAAUCCGAGUUUCGAGGGAGGACCUCGGAGUAAAAGAUUUAGCACCGCCGGGGAGGAGGAAGAUCAGCAGAUGACGGAAGCGCAGAUGAAACGGACGAUGUAUGUCACUUCCAAGCUCACAUCCGAUGGUCCUCCCUACGAUGUUGUUACGGAGACAGUACAACAACCAGCGGUGGACGAAUUAUUUCAAGGAGUAAGGGAAGAUGAGAAAUAUUACAAGCAUUAA